AUGGAUUUUUAUCCUAAUUACAGUAUCAUAGACCAUAACCUGGAAACUUUUCCGGAUUUAUCAGAUGUUUUGUCCCCAAGAUGUUACUCAUGGGAUGAUCAUAGGUUUCCCUAUAACCAAGACUAUUCACUUUCGUUUGACAGCUCCCCAAUAGAUGCUCCUGAUCAUGAUGAUCAAGAUCCUCUUACAGAUGAUCACGAAGAGAAAAAAUUACCACAUCAUCAGACGGUAAUUUCCUCCCCAGCUGCAGAUCAUCACCAUCAAGAUCUACAAGAGACCAAUGUAGCACAUGAGGAGAUCAGUAGUACUCGUACUAAUAUUACGACGGCAGACUCCAAUAGAAAAGGCGCAAAGGGCGGAAGAGAGAAAUCAAUGUUCAUAGGGAUUCGGCGGCGGCCGUGGGGGAAGUACGCGGCGGAGAUUAGGGAUUCGACGCGGGGCGGCCACCGGGUUUGGCUGGGGACGUUCGACAGCGCAGAGGCGGCGGCGCUCGCCUACGACCAAGCGGCAUUCUCCACGAGAGGCUCCGCAGCGGUGCUCAACUUUCCGGUGGAGAGGGUCCGACAGUCGCUCCAAGAGAUGAAGUUGUUGAAUGAUUGCGAGUUUGGGCGUUCGCCGGCGGAGAAAUUGAAGCAGAAACAUUCUAUGCGAAGAAAGAGAUCGAAGAAAAAUAUCAAUCAUGAUCAUCAUCAAGAAAAGAAAGGGAAAGACCACUUAGAAAAUACCGCCCAUGUUAAGAAGCUGGUUUUGGAGGAUCUUGGAGCUGAGUAUCUGGAUCGGCUCUUAGAUGCCUCCUGCUCAAGUACUGACCAGACUUCUCCUGAUUCAGAAUUAAUAUAUAAUCAACCAAUUUAUACAAUCUUUGAUUAA